CAAUAUUUCUCCUCAUAAUUUUUUGAUGUAAACAAAACGCAAUUUUCCGGCAACGCAAAGAAAAAUAAUAAACAAUGGCAGACGCGUGGGACAUAAAGUCGCUAAAGACGAAGCGCAACACGUUGCGUGAAAAACUGGAGAAGCGUAAAAAGGAACGCUUCGAAAUACUCUCAGACAAGCAAGAAGAUCAGACAAAUCCCAAAAAGGAGCUCGUUGAGGCCGAUGUGGAGGUGCAGAAGGCAGUGCUGCAGGCGCUCAGCGCCAGCACUCUUGUAUUGCCCAUUGUGUCCACGCAGCUGGUGGACAAAGUGGCUGGCGUCAUGGAGAAGGCGCCAACCAUGGAAAUGGUCAACUUCAUACUCGGCAAGCUAGCCAACCAGGGUGCCAUUGGUAUCAGGAAUGUGACAAUUGGCACAGAAGCCGGCUAUGAGGUCAUCUCGGUGCAGACCAAGGAGCUGCUAGAGAUCUUCGAUGAUGUCAACGACAGCUGCCAGCAACAGGAGGAAACGGAUGCCAAACGAAAAUUGGAGGAGGGCAAAGAUGAUGUUAGUGAUGUUGAGCGACUGAAACGUAAAAUGCUGAAAACUGAUUCGAGCGGACGCAAAGAGUCGACAAGUCUGGAUGCCUCCGAAGACAUUAUGAUGCUGCUCUCACUGCCCUCGACGCGCGAGAAGCAGAGCAAACAGGUCGGCGAGGAAAUACUGGAACUGCUGACGAAACCAACAGCCAAGGAGCGUUCCGUGGCCGAGAAAUUCAAAUCGCAUGGCGGCGCUCAGGUCAUGGAGUUUUGCUCACACGGCACCAAGAUCGAGUGCCUGAAAGCACAGCAGGUGGCCAACGAAAUGGCGGCCAAAAAAAAACAGGAACGUCGUGAGGAGAAAGAGUUGCGCAAAGCGGCCGAGGCCAAGAACAGCAAAAUAAUCAAGAUGAGUGUCGAGGAUACCGAAGAUGGUGAAAUCAUCGUGGAGAAUAUCAAUAGCUGUGAUGGUGAUUCUCAGGAGUCGACAGAUGACAGUGAAUCCUCUGGCGAUUCGGAUAAAUGCACCAAGCUGCACUUUAAGAAAAUAAUUCAAUCCCACACAGACGAAUCAUUGGGCGAUUGCAGUUUCCUCAACACCUGCUUCCACAUGGCCACCUGUAAGUACGUCCACUACGAGGUGGACACACUGCCUCACAUCAACACCAACAAGCCGACGGACGUGAAAACGAAACUCAGCCUGAAGCGCAGCGUUGACUCCAGCUGCACAUUGUAUCCACCCCAGUGGAUACAGUGCGAUCUGCGUUUCCUCGAUAUGACUGUUUUGGGUAAAUUCGCUGUAGUCAUGGCCGAUCCGCCAUGGGAUAUACACAUGGAGCUGCCGUAUGGCACCAUGUCCGACGAUGAGAUGCGUGCCUUGGGCAUUCCAGCAUUGCAGGAGGAAGGCCUCAUAUUUCUCUGGGUAACGGGGCGGGCCAUGGAGUUGGGACGCGAUUGCCUUAAGCUUUGGGGCUACGAGCGGGUCGAUGAGCUGAUCUGGGUGAAAACGAAUCAGCUGCAGCGCAUCAUACGCACUGGUCGCACCGGCCAUUGGCUGAACCACGGCAAGGAGCACUGUCUCGUCGGGAUGAAGGGCAAUCCGACGAACCUGAAUCGUGGCCUCGACUGCGAUGUCAUCGUGGCGGAGGUGCGCGCCACCAGCCAUAAGCCCGACGAGAUUUACGGCAUCAUUGAGCGCCUCAGUCCGGGCACACGUAAAAUCGAGCUCUUCGGCCGGCCGCACAAUAUCCAGCCCAACUGGAUAACGCUGGGCAAUCAGCUGGAUGGCAUUCGACUGGUUGAUCCCGAGCUAAUCACACAGUUCCAGAAGCGAUAUCCCGAUGGCAAUUGCAUGUCACCCACUGUGGCCGCAGCGAAUGCAAUUCAAAACUAAAAACCCAAUUGAAAUAAUAUUCUAUAUAUACACGAUAAGAUUAAAGUAAAUAUUUAAAUAGAUUUAUUGCUCAUUG